CAUACCUAUCAGCAGAAUUAUUCUUCGCAUGGUUGAACCGUGAUGAAGAAUACUUUAUGUAGUUAUAAGGCAAUAGAGAUCUAAUAAAUAAUUAUGGAAAAAUUGGAUGUGUGAUAAUAUUAACACGUUAUUUUAACUAUGGAGUUAGUCGGUACUUUUAUUGUUUUAUAGAAGCAUUUUUGAAAAUACAGUGUAUAUGUUUUAAGAGGCUAGACAAAAUAAAUAUAUGUUAUCAAGUAUUGCUUAACUUCGCCUUCAGCGGUUUCCGAAGUUUAAAAAAAAUUAGAUUGAUAUACUAACACAUGAACAUUUCAUCGGUAAUAAUCUGUUAUUUAUAAUUUAGAUUUAAGAUCGUGAAUACAAAUAUCUUGUCUAAUGCUAACUUGUCAGCUACAAAUAUGUUAAGGCUCGGAAGCAAUGCUGUCCUGAAUACGCCAAUACCACCGGCAGCCUUAUUAAGUUUGAUUAAAAUGAGGUAUGAUCAAUUAGGUCCUGUGUUCCUUGGACCAGGUGCUGUUGAAAAUGAUUUUCCUUUUAAAUUACCUAUUUUGGAUGAAGAUCAGAAAAGUGCCUUAGAAAAAGCUAAAAAGUUUGCUAUUGAACAAAGUAUCAAAGCAGCUUUGGAGAAACAGUCCUUACAGAAACAUCUACAUCCUAGUUACAACGCCAAGCGGGCACAAACUCUGAGUCUUUUAAACCGUAUAUAUGUAGGCUCUAUUAGCUAUGAUUUACGUGAAGAUGCAAUCAAAAGGGUUUUUUCACCUUUUGGACUCGUUCGAUCCGUUAAUCUUAGUUGGGAUUCUCUUAAUCUUAAGCACAAGGGGUUUGCCUUCGUAGAAUUUGAGCAUCCAGAAGCAGCAUUCCUAGCUUCACAAAGCACAAAUAACAUCACUUUGGGAGGUAGGCAGCUAAAAGUCGGUCGACCUAGCAAUUUGUUAAACGCGGAUUCACUUAUUGAGGACCUUAUAAAGGAAAAUGGACUUGAAAAGAAAAUAUAUGUCUCAGGAGUUCAUAAAGAGUUGAAUGAAGAUGACGUAUCUCUUGUGUUUGAAGCAUUUGGAAAAAUAUCAUUAUGCAAACUUAACCCUGAUCCGUCUAAAUUACAAAAGCACCUCGGAUUCGGGUUCAUCGAAUAUGAGUCAGUUCAGUCUGCUUUUGAUGCUAUCGCCAACAUGAAUAUGUUUGACCUUGGGGGACAGUAUCUUCGUGUCUGCAAAGCCAUUUCCCCUCCGGAGGAAAUAAAUAUUUUAUCUAAGAUACCUUCUGCUGCCGCGAUAGCUGCUGCUUCAGUUACAGCUAAACUUAAUGCUAUGGAGGCGGAAAACGCCAGAAACAAGACAACACCAUCCACAAAUCCAUCAGAAAAGUUAAAUACACAUGGUACACAGGAUAUAAGUGAAGUUUCUGAUUCCUUUACUACAAAAGCUAAAGACGACGAUGAAGUUGCACUCGAUAGUCAAGAGAAUUUGUUCAUCAAAGGAAAAGAAGCUCGAAAAGUAAUGAUGCAAAAGUUGUCUCGUGUUCCGCAAAAUGUUAUGUUGCUAAGAAAUAUGGUUGAACCAGGAGAGUGUGACGAAGAUUUAGAACUGGAAGUUACUGAAGAAUGCUCUAGUUAUGGAUCAGUAGAGAAAGUUUCAAUACAUCAAGAACGCAGUAAAACUGGAGAGUUCACUGUCAAGAUAUUUGUUGUAUUCAGUGAUUUAGAGUCAACAAAUAGAGCUAUUACAGCAUUGAAUGGACGAUAUUUUGCUGGUCGUAAAGUACAUGCAGAACUAUAUGAUAUAGAGAAGUUUAUAGGCAAUGACUUUACAGGUUAACUAUUUUAAAUGUAAUAGUUUGUGUAAUUAUGACGUUUUAUUUUUAUAUACCCUUACAACAACUUUUUAUUUUGUUCUUCGAAAUGAUAUUUUUUGACUUUUAUCAAAUAAUUUUUUGGUUGUAAACCCUUCAAUGAAGAAGAUUUUGUAAGGCGAUAAUGUAUCCAUGAAAAUUCAUAUCUUUUCUAACUUAUAGGUUUCUAGCGCCUUUUUUCUCGAAAAUCCAAAUAUUUUAACUUCAUUUUUAAUAUCACUGUUUUAUAGUACCACUUUUUUUGUUGUAACAAAGCAUUUUUAUUUAUCAUUUUGUGGAAGACAGAUUUCCUGAUAUAAAAAAUUAUUUUAAAAUAGUGGAUAAAUUAUCUUCUUUUGAGCAUUAAUUAUUUAAAAGUUACAGUGUGUUUCUUCACAACGAUUCCAGUGUGUAAGAAAUUUCGAUCGUACUUAUUGUUAUGAUGAAGUCACAGUAAAUGUCAACUGUACAACUAACUCUACGAUAUAAUAAAUAUUUAUC